GUGUGGUGGUGUGUGUGUAUGUGUGUGUAUGAAUAAAACAUGAUUAGAGAAAAAAAAAACAGAGUGGUGACGGUGGGAAACGUGACAGACAGACUUACGUCAUCAAUCAGACGGUGAAGCGUUUAGAGAUGAGCUGCACCGAUUUACCCUGCAGAGAAAACACAGCCUCCAUCAUGUCUUUAUGCCCCGGUGCAAUGAUCAAAUGAGGAUGAUGAGGACAUCUUCCUCUUCUUUAUCUCUGUGAGAUUACAGACAGAGACAGAAGUCUGCAGGAAGAAAUAAUCAUCAAGAAUGAUAAGGUUUUGUUUCCAUUAACCACUUCCUGCUUGCCUCGUCAGCGUGUUUGGAGGCAUUGCUUGGUAACGGCGUACCUGCAGAGAGAGGAAAGUGUAGUUUACCUGUAAUCUGAGACACAGAGGACAGCUGUGUGAGCGGGGAGGACUCAUCUGUGGCUUUAGUGCAGCUAUUUACUGAACACAAAAAUAAAACAUCAACAAAGAAAAGCAGGAAAUCAACUUUCAGAGGAACACACACCUCCACAGAGGUGAAAAUGGCAUUAGCCAGCGGUCAAUGGCUGGAGAGAGAGAUGAGAGGAGAGGCCCCGAGUCCCAGACACGGCCACGCUGUAGCUGUGGCGGGAAACGUCGCCUUUCUGUUCGGAGGAGCCUCAAGCAUCAACCAAGAGGAGGACCUCCCUGUUUACUUCAAUGACUUCUACAUGCUGACAGUUUCUCCCGAAGAUUUGUUGUGGGAGGAGAUUCCUCAGAGCGGAGACGUCCCCUUGGCCAGAGAAGGUCACACUUUGAGUGUUGUGAAAGGGAAGCUGUUUCUGUUUGGAGGAGCAUCCAGACCCAACACAUCCGAGUGCCUCUCAGGAGUCUACAGCUUUGAUAUAGUGUCUCUGACUUGGGAUCGCUUGGUAGUCGGGGGCGUCUCCGUCAGAACCCUCAGACACAGCUCUGUGGCUGUGGGAGACAAUGUCUAUGUGUACGGAGGAAUCGUGGGAGGGAGUCCAACUGAUGACCUUUUGGUCUUCAACACAGUGUCUCUCACCUGGACACCCAUCAGAACUCACGGGUCUCUGCCUCCUGCCCUGUAUGGUCAGAGUUCAGCUCUUGUUGGAGAUCAGCUGUUCCUGUUUGGGGGUUAUGACGCUGGUGGAGACUUCUGUAAAGACCUCCAUGUUCUCAACACAGAGAGCUUGAUCUGGCAGAAAUGGGAGGUCAAAGGAGAAUCACCUGCAGCCUGUAGCGGACAAACACUGUCAGCUCACCAUGAUAAGGAUAUCUACCUGUUCGGAGGUAAAAGCACAAACGAGGACGGCACAGAGACGUCUUUGAACGACAUCCACAAACUCAGCAUCGCUAAGAUGAAGUGGAAGGUUCCUCUGUAUGUUGGGAUUCCUCCGGCCCGUCGACAUGAACACACAGCCUUCAUCCUCCACAGCCAUCUGUAUGUGUUUGGAGGGAAGAACGAGGAGCAGGAGUUUAAUGAUCUGAAGGUGAUGAAGCUCAUCAACCCUUCAGAGAGACAGCCAGUGAUGAAGGAGAUUCUGUCAGAGUUCGGUCUACAGGGCAUCAGCCACAGCUUCACUCCCACGAAGGUUCCCAAUGUCCGCUAUGAGCUGAGUGAGGCUGCUCCACCCAACCAGGCCAGGAGCACACCAACCAACGCACAGGUGUUUGUGCACAGAGAUUUCGGUGCAGUUCGAGAUCAGGCGAUGAAGAUGAUCCAGACUGCGUUCAGUCUGCUGGAUCAGGAGUUCCAGAAGCUCGACAGAGAAAAAUCUGAGUUGUCUAAAUCUGCUGCAGCUCUGAAGAGAGAGAGAGACACGCAUGGAGCUCAGAGACAACAACAGCAACAGGAGCUGCAGGAGAUGCUGGACAGACAUCGCUCCCAAAACGAGGCGUGGCUCCGAGCGAGAGCCGAGGAGAACGACCGAGAGAGGAGGGAGCUCUGCAGACUCAGAGAGGAGGUGCAGCAGGAGCAGGAGAGGCUGAAGGAGGAGCAGAGCAGCAUGCAGAAACGCAACGAGCAUCUCCUGUCCAUCAUGCAGCAGUUUAAAGGAAUGUGAGAUAGAUAGAUAGAUAGAUAGAUAGAUAGAUAGAUAGAUAGAUAGAUAGAUAGAUAGAUAGAUAGAUAG